CCUCUAAUAAGUUAUUGACCAUUAAUAUUUGGAAAAGAUUUCAAGAUAUGUUUGUAGAAGAAGGUAUGGCAAUAUAUGAAGAUAACAAAAUAACUGAAAAUUUGAUACUUGUACAAACAUUAAAGAAAAAAGAGACAGAGAUUUAUGUUGAAGUUGAACAUGCUCGUUUAACAUGUUUGUUAUCAAAAAUUAAAGAGAAUGAUGGCAAGAUUAAUGAGGCUGCAGACAUAUUGCAAGA